AUGGGAGGAUCGCGUGAUCGGCUUGUUCAAGUUGUCCUGAAGAUGCCACCAGACUCAAUCAGGAAAAGGCCUCUUGGGUCAGUAAAGAAAGUUCCGGACGGAGCAAGAAACAUAUAUUGGGAUGGUCUCAUUAAAUAUGCCUCAAUGAAAUGUGCGGUGGUUCCUGUUUUACUGCUAGCCUUUUUUCCCGGCGUUGCUGCUGCGCUUGACAGCUCGCAUCUUAAAGUUAUUAUCUCUUUGUCAAUAAUUUUCGUGGUCCUAGUAGUUGCUGGCGUAGCGAUCUUCUGUUUUAUUGAGUGGAGAGAGAAAAAGAAGAAGAUGUUGAGGGAACAGUUAAUGAAGGAGGAGGAAGAACGGGAAGAACGUAGAAGACAAGAAGAAGAAGAAAAGAAGAAGAGAGAUGAGUCUAAGAAGAAGAAAGAGAAGGCGAAAAAGAAGAAAGAAAAACCACAGGAAAAGAAACAGAUAGCUAAACCAUUUGAAGAUGAUGAUCUGUGCGACACGCAGACUAUUGUGACGCUAUGA